AUGGGUAGAGUCAUCAGAAACCAAAGAAAGGGGGCCGGGUCGAUUUUCACCGCCGUGACCAGACUCAGAAAGGGCGCUGCCAAGCUCCCCACCCUUUCGUACGUGUCGAGACACGGUUACGAAAGAGGUGUCGUCAAGCAAAUCAUCCACGACUCGGGCAGAGGCGCCCCCUUGGCCAAGGUCGUGUUCAGAGACGCUUACCGUUACAAGUUGAGAGAAGAAACCUUCAUUGCCAACGAAGGUGUCUACACCGGCCAGUUCAUCUACGCCGGUAAGAAGGCGUCGUUGAACGUCGGUAACGUGUUGCCCUUGGGCUCGUGCCCCGAAGGUACCAUCGUCUCCAACGUCGAAGAAAAGCCCGGUGACCGUGGUGCCCUCGCCAGAACCUCGGGUAACUACGUCAUCAUCAUCGGCCACAACCCCGACGAAAACAAGACCAGAAUCAAGUUGCCCUCGGGUGCCAAGAAGGUGGUGUCGUCGGACGCCAGAGGUGUCGUCGGUGUCAUCGCCGGUGGUGGUCGUAUCGACAAGCCCUUGCUCAAGGCCGGUCGUGCCUUCCACAAGUACAAGGCCAAGAGACACUCGUGGCCCAAGACCAGAGGUGUUGCCAUGAACCCCGUGGACCACCCUCAUGGUGGUGGUAACCACCAGCACAUUGGUAAGGCCUCGACCAUCUCCAGAGGCGCCGUCUCGGGUCAAAAGGCCGGUCUUAUUGCUGCCAGAAGAACUGGUUUGCUCAGAGGUACCCAAAAGACUUCGGAUUAG